CUCUCAGCCGCGCGCCCGCCCGCCCGCCCCCCCCCGGUGCCAUCUUGCCGCGGCCGCGGAGCCGAGCGCGCCCGGCCAUGCCGCACUUCCAGGCCUGGGAGGAGUUCACCCGCGCCGCCGAGAAGCUCUACCUCGCCGACCCCAUGAAGGUCCGUGUUGUCCUCAAGUACCGACAUUGUGAUGGGAACCUCUGUAUCAAAGUAACAGAUGAUGUGGCUUGUUUGCUGUACAGAACAGACCAGGCACAAGACGUGAAGAAGAUUGAGAAAUUCCACAGUCAGCUCAUGCGGCUCAUGGUGGCCAAGGAAUCCCGCAGUGCUGCCAUGGAAACAGACUGAAGGGCUGCCAAGAAAAUCACUGCUCUGGUCAUAUUUCACUGGAAGCAAAUCUUUGGGAUUUCAACGAAAAACUGGGGCAGGAGAUGCUUUUAUGUACUGAAGUGGACUGAUGACAAGUCUGAAGCAUUUUCACCCCUCAGAGUCCGCUUUGGAAAUCUAGGAAAAUAAGUGCUUUCAAUUGAAAGCUUAUAUUUAUUUUUGGGUAUUAAGCAACUAUUCUUACACGUUAGGUAUGCUAAGAAGACAAGCAAAUAUUUUAAAUCUACAGUAUGUUAAUGCAAAUUUGUUAGGCCACAGGCAUACUUCUGGAAAGUUACUGUAAAAUUUCAUAUAGGUUUCAUUGUGUUCAUACCUUAUGCUGGUUUAUUCUCAAAAUGAGAGGGUUUAUUAAUCUAAUACUCUAGCAUGGUGACUGGGUUUAAUAAAUAUUUACAUACAUUAUAUAAAUCUGUUGGGUUUAGAAUAACAUGUUUUCUGAACUGAAAUGUUGAAAUUGCCAAUUUGUAUUACCACUGUCACUGGCAGCACUCUAGCUUUUGAUGUUGCACUCAACCAUAAGAUGUGCAACAUUAUCCAUAAUGCAGUUUGUAGAACUCUUAUACUGGCUAAGUGAUUAACUUCUGUAUUUUAAAAAUUAAAACAGAACUUCACUUAAUAUUCCUAGAGAUCUGUGAGAAACUGGGAGGGUUUUUUUCUGCUUGUGCAAAUACUGUUACUAAAAAACAGUCAGUGGCUUUUCUACAUACUUGAACUAUUUUGUACUAGCAGGGGUUUGUUUUCCCAUCCUUGCUUCAGGCAGAGUUGAAGUAUAUCAGCAAGACAAAUUCUAGAAGCUCUUGCCUAUUAUGCUAAUAGAAAAUAUCCAACUGCACACUACCCAGAUUCCUCAUUCUAGCAGCUUGUUAACUGCAAUUGCAGAUCUUACAUGUGGCAGGUGGAUGUCAGCCAAAUGAAUAAAUGGAUGAAAACACCUUAAUAAAUACUUAAAUACCACUGUCAGAAAUAGACCAAUGCUCCUGUAGCUCAGAUGUGUUUCUCACAGUAACCUCUGGUAGGCUGAUGGAAGCUUUAAUUGUCUCUUGUAAAAAAGCUUUUUGUUUGAAAACCCAGUAGCUGAAAUUGAUACUUGCUUUGACUAGGUCUUGCAUACUUGAAAACAGAUCAACGUUUUCAGGUAAUUAGGCUAUUGGUAUAACUAGGUGCUUUCAGAACUGAUUUUUUUGGGUUAAGCCAAGCCACAAAAGUAAAGCAGGACCAUACUUGUAGUGGCAUUUUUAUAUAACGAAACAAUCUAUCUAGGUAGCUACCUGCUGUCACUUAUAUAAAAAUAAUGGAGCUACUGGGAAGCAGUGGACUUUCCACAUUUGCCAAAAGCUUGGGAAAAGCCCACCAGGCUUGAAUAUUGCAUUAGAGUACCCUUUCAGCUGAGCAUAGAAUGUUGCACGUUGUUGGAAAACAGUGCAGCACUGAAUUCCUGGUGACUGCUCAAAAUUCUGGUCUGCAACAGUGAUUGGUAUGUGUGUAACAUUUUUGUAUUGGCUUUUGAAAUAUAAAUAAAGCCAGAGAGAAGGCUGGA